AUAAUAAUCUCAACCAACAUUGAUUGAGUCGGUCUCCGAGUUGAAGCCACGCGGCGGUUGAGAAAGAAAGAAAGAAACAGAGCAACGCCAACGCCGUCGCAGAGAAAAAAAGAAGAAAAAAAAAGAGACGCCGACGACGACGAAGAUAUGAGAGAGACGGUGAAGUUGAUAAGCAUGGAAGGUUUCGAGUUCGUCAUCGACAGAGAAGCCGCUAUGGUUUCUCAUACUAUCCGAAGCAUGCUCACUUCUCCAGGUGGUUUCUCGGAAUCGAAAGAAGGCGUUGUGACAUUCCCUGAUAUUAGCACUCCAAUUCUAGAGAAGAUCUGUCAGUACUUUUACUGGUCUCUUCAAUACUCCAGAGGCAAAGAGACCGAGUUUUAUAUCGAGCCUGAACUGACUCUAGAGCUGAUGAUGGCUGCUAACUAUCUUCACACUUGAAGAACUAAAAAGGAUGACGCUGUUGAAUCUUAUUCGACUAGUAUAGUUUCUUAUAGGGUGUGGACAUUAAUGUUAAAUCCUUGGAGCAACUUGUUGGGGUUCAUGUGCUUGUUUGGCAAAAACCUGCGUUGGGUUCAUGAAGAACUAUUGAAUAGCUCUGAGUGUAAGUCAUGUAAGUCAUGUACUUCUGUACUAGUUGAUAGUUUUAACUGCAACAUCAAAAGUUCUUGUGGUAUUUACUAGUUAUUUAUAUUUAAACUGCUUUAGCAAGCUUUGUAAUAAGCAACAAACAUUCUGGUCCUAAUAAUGACUUUGGAAAUUGCUCUU